AUGGACAUGAAUGAUCCAAAAUUUCAUGUUGGUCAACAAUUUGAUGAUAAGCAGCUAUUCAAGAUGGCAGUUGACAAUUAUGCAGUCAAAUGGGGGAAGGAUAUAAAGUGGGUGAAGCAUGAUAAGCAUAGAAUGAGGGUGAAAUGCAAAGCUGAACAUUGUAAGUGGAUGUUGUUUGCUUCUAAAAUUGAUGAAGGUGAUGAUUCCAUUGCAAUCAAGACAAUGGGUCCAGCACACACAUGUGGCAGGACCUUUUACCACAAGAGAGCUAUCUCAGGUUUCUUAGCAAGAAAAUAUGUGGACUUCCUAAGGAUGAACAAGAGAAUAACAGUUUCUGAGUUCAAGGAUAAGGUACAUGCAGAGCUAAAUGUAAACAUUACUAAACCUCAAGUUUAUAAGACAUUCAUGAAGGCAAAAAUUUUGAUCCAUGGGAGCUACAAAGAUCAGUACAACAGAUUGUGGGAUUAUUGUGAGGAACUAAUGAAAGCAAAUCCUGGUUCUACAGUGUACAUGGAAACUACAUUAGAUAAAGAUUCUGGAAAACAAAGAUUUCAGAAACUUUACAUUUGCUUCGAGACACUGAAGAGAGGAUUUAAAUCUGGUUGUAGGAAGAUAAUUGGAGUUGAUGGUUGCCACUUGAGAGGUCCACAUCCGGUUGCAUAUGCAGUAGUUGAAGCAGAAAAUAAGAGGUCGUGGAAGUGGUUUAUUGAAUUCUUGAAAUAUGACCUAUCUAUCAAUGAUCAAAGAAAUUGGAGCUUUAUAAGUGAUAGACAGAAGGGUUUAGGAUCUUCAAUUCAGGAAGUCAUUCCAAAUGUCGAGCACAGACAUUGUGUAAGGCACUUGCACAACAACUUCAAAAAAAAUCAUCCGGGUGAAGCAUUGAAGGAAAGAUUUUGGACAUGUGCAAGGUCAUCGUACAUGAGGAUGUUCGAAAAUCAUAUGGAGUGUUUAAGGGAUUAUGAUGUAGCUACUUGGAAGUGGUUAAAUGACAACACCUCUCCCUAUCACUGGUCAAUAUCACACUUUCGAGUGGCUGUCAAGUGUGACAUUCUCCUUAAUAAUUUAUGUGAAAGCUUUAAUUCGAUCAUAAUGGAUGCAAGGGAAAAGCCAAUCCUUGGAAUGUUUGAGACUAUCAGAAUCUAUCUAAUGGAAAGGCUUCGUACAAAAAGGGAGUGGAUGAAGAAAAUGAGUGAUAAGAUCUGCCCAAAAAUUCAAAAGAAACUGGAGAAGGCAAAAACAGAAGUAGCUGCAAACAUCGCGAGAUGGUCUGAUCAAGAUAAAUUUGAGGUUACACAUAUGUAUGGAGGCAAACAUGUGGUGGACUUAAAGCAGCAGACUUGUAGCUGCAGGAGAUGGGAGUUGACUGGAUUGCCAUGCUGCCAUGUGAUUUGUUGUAUUUCUUUAAUAGGUCAAGAGCCAGAAAGUCUUGUUCAUCAUUAUUACUCGCGAGACAGUUACUUGAAAGCUUAUGAGCCAGCAAUUGCUCCUUUGAGUGGUCCAAAUGUUUGGGUGCAAUCGGAUAAAGAUCCUGUCUUACCACCCUUGAAGUUGAAAUUACCUGGUCGGCCAAAGAAAGUAAGAAGAAGGGAACCGGAAGAGCCUAGGCCUAAUUCGAAAGGGGUUACCAAACUUUCUAGAUCUGGCCUUGUUAGAAUGACAUAUCAAGUGUUCGGGAAGGAGCCGGCUGAAGUACCUCUGGAAUCCAGCUCAAUGCCAGAUGUUCCAAGUGGUGAUAAAGCACAGGCUGUUAUUGAUGAACAAGAAGUUAUUGAUUUACAGCCAUCGGGUCAAGAAGAACUACCUGAAGUGCAAAAGAAAUUCACCAAGUGUUCCUUCUGUCAUGGCUUAGGACAUAACCGGCAAACAUGUGCAACCUGGCAAGCUCAAGCAUGGAGAAAAAGAAAGGCUGCUAUGACUGUUUUUGGUCCAUUCCCUCCAUCAAAGGGAAAAAUGAUUAGGAAAAAGGAGAAAGCACAUAGGCUGUUAGAUGAAGAAGAUGAUAUUGUCGCCCAGUCAAGUUAA